AUGCCGUUCUACGCUCAAGCCCCCAACAAACACAGCUCCCCCGCCUCGACGUCGCCCAGUAUAACGUCACCAGAGAUCAUCGGACGGGAAGCCGUGUUGCUUCGAUUGGUUGGAGGUUACACCGUUCAUCCCCGGGGCGUGCUCGGCUCCGGUCGACGGCCUGCCGACAACACUACAGCACUCGAUAUGAUUAUACCACACGAUAUCUCGAGCUUGGGCAAUGUACGACUGGCGGUCGCAUUGCCUAUUGUCCUCUUUGCUUUGGGUGUUUUCCGUCUGAUCUCGAGGAUGGUUUACAACAUUUACUUCCACCCACUGAAAGAGUACCCUGGGCCGAAGCUCCACGCCGCUACCCGUAUCCCGCUCAGUCGAAUGAUCACCAGCGGUAAAGCUCACAAGAGACUGGCAGAGCUUCACAAGCAAUAUGGACCUGUGGUCAGGCUCGGCCCAGAUACAAUCGACUGGGCCGACCCGCGGGCUUUCAAGGACUUGAUGGGCCACAGCAAGGGCGGUGGUGGCAUGGAGAACUACAAAGACCCUGUCAAUGCUAGGUACAAGCCGCACAGCAUCAUCAACUCCGGCCGCGAGGAUCACGCACGUAUUCGCCGCGUUCUAGCCCACGGAUUUUCCGCUCAGGCUAUGGUCGAUCAGCAACCCCUGAUUCAAGCUCAGAUCGACUUAUUAAUCCGGCGACUUCAUGAGAACUGUGAUGACGGAGAGAAAGCGCUGAAUAUGGUUUCGUGGUAUAAUUGGACGACUUUUGACAUCAUUGGUGACCUGGCCUUUGGCGAACCCUUUGGUUGUCUGGAGAACUCGGACUAUCACCCGUGGGUAUCAAUCAUUUUCGACAACAUCCAUGCCGGUGUAUGGAGAAAUCAGUUCCAGCGAUACUGGAUUACACGCCCAUUUGCCAGGUGGUUGAUUCCGAAAGAGUUGAAGAACAAGACAAAGUUCCACAAUGACAUGAGCCAGGAGAAGGUUCAACGCCGUAUGGCACUCGGCGAGUCAAGGCCGGACUUCGUCCAGUCUAUGAUGAUGAAGGAGGGCCCUUUGGCGAUGUCAAAGCCGGAAAUUGAGCAAACCGCAGACACCUUGAUCAUUGCAGGCUCUGAAACAACGGCAUCUGUGCUUUCAGGAGUAACUUACUUCCUAACGAUGCAUCCCGAAGCCAUGGCCAAAUUGGCACAAGAAGUCCGCACAUCAUUCAACUCAGAGCAAGAAAUCGAUGUUCUCAGUGUUCAGAAACUCCGCUACAUGCUCGCAGUCCUCGAUGAGAGCAUGCGCGUUUACCCAGUCGUACCCAUGGGUCUCACUCGAGUUGUCAAGCCGGGCGGCGACUACAUCUGCGAAAGGUUCGUGCCGGCGGGUACGCGAGUGAUGGUCUCCCAGUGGCCCAUGUACCACAACGAUAAGUACUUCGCAGAGCCCGAUUCUUUCAUCCCGGAGAGAUGGCUUGAAGACUCCCGCUUCGAGAACGACGAUAAAGCUGCUCUUCAGCCAUUCUCUUUCGGUCCCAGGAACUGCAUUGGUAGGAACCUGGCCAUGUCCGAAAUGCGAGUAAUUCUUGCCAGAGUCAUCUGGAACUUUGACAUGCAAGUCGCAGACGACAGCAAGAACUGGACUGAUCAGCAGCUGUUUGGUUUGUGGAAGAAGGGUCCUCUGAACGUGAGGUUGACGCCUCGGAAGACAGUGUGA